GCCUCAAACUCAGAGAUCUGUCUGUCCCUGCCUCCCGAGUGCUAAAGUCCAGAGUACUUUAGUCCUAAGGACUCGAGGUAAGAAAUCCAGUCUUACUGAAGACAAGCAGAAGGCGGGGCACUUGCUUUUCCAGAGCAGAAAAGAAACUGAUGCAUCAGAAAAGGUGACUAAUAAACAUACUGAAAGAAUAUGGCUGCACAGAUACCAGAAUCUGACCAGAUAAAACAGUUUAAGGAGUUCCUGGGAACCUACAAUAAACUUACAGAAACCUGCUUUUUGGACUGUGUUAAAGACUUCACAACAAGAGAGGUGAAACCUGAAGAGGUGACCUGUUCAGAACAUUGCUUACAGAAAUAUUACAGAAAUUUACAGAAAUAUUUAAAAAUGACACAGAGGAUAUCCGUGAGAUUUCAGGAAUAUCACAUUCAGCAGAAUGAAGCCCUGGCAGCCAAAGCAGGCCUCCUGGGCCAGCCACGGUAGAGAGGUCCUGUGGCGGGGACUUGCACUGAAAGAUUGCCAGCAGCUGCUGCAGUCAGAACAAGGAUUCACCUGGUAGAGAAUCCCCUGACACACAGCAGGAGCCGUGGUCCACCAUCUGUCAUGACUACCUGACCAAUGGAAACCACCAGAGAAAAAACACUGUUCACCAGAAAGAGUCAAAACAGGAGGCCUUCCUGUACGGUAAAAAUGGUAAGAUGCGGUGGUGUUGAGGCCUUAAGAUUCGUCUGCGUGGUCACCGUGAUUGCAAAAAUAAACCACUGUUCNUUUCUUUGUGACUAUUAAUUUUAAAGCAAAAUAUGUGUCCAAUCAUGUAUGAGAUAGAAAAAGUUUAUUACUAAAAGUAAAUAAAUGA